UUGGUCGACCAGUUGGACGAUCAGUUGGUCGAUCAGUUGGUCGAUCAGUUGGACGAUCAGUUGGACGAUCAGUUGGUCGACCAGUUGGACGAUCAGUUGGUCGACCAGUUGGACGAUCAGUUGGUCGAUCAGUUGGUCGAUCAGUUGGUCGAUCAGUUGGUCGAUCAGUUGGUCGACCAGUUGGACGAUCAGUUGGUCGAUCAGUUGGUCGAUCAGUUGGUCGACCAGUUGGACGAUCAGUUGGUCGAUCAGUUGGACGAUCAGUUGGUCGACCAGUUGGACGAUCAGUUGGUCGAUCAGUUGGUCUAUUUUCAUUUAAUUUUCUAUGGUCAUAUUUAUAUAUAUAUUACAUGUAUUUCUCAUGAGUAG